UACAAAAAUAUAUUUAAAAAAUCCACACCUUUGAUAACUAAUUGAAAAAAAUAUUUUAAACCAUUGACGGUUAGAACUCGUGAUGUGGCCACCGAAACAUCCUUCUCAGAUGUUUUGGGAUCAACUUCCACCUUCACCACUUUAUCGGAUGAUAGUCGAGCAACCCUAACCGAUAUCCAAGCUAGUCGAAGACGUGAUGUGCGCAAUGUGGCCACUGAAACCGAUUUCCCAACAGUUACGAGUUUGACAAUUUCCAUAACCACCACAGACAUCGAUGUGGAUUAUUCCAGUGAUAUUGUGGCCGAGGAGAGGGUUUACAUGGUCAUACCUCCCGAUGGAGGCUAUGGCUGGUUCAUCAUGUUUAUUUCUUUUUGUUGUCAAAUCGUGGUGGAUGGCAUCAUAUUUGGUAUUGGUGUGAUAUUGCCUCAUAUUGCGGAAGAGUUUCAAAUCCCAGGUUCCAAAGUGGUAUUGGUAGCCUCAAUGCAAGUGGGUUUCUAUUUCCUAUCGGGCACCAUUUCAAGUGCCUUUAUCAACAAAUACGGGUUUCGUCCGGUAGCCCUGGCGGGGUGUCUUCUUUCCAUUACGGUACUGACUGUGGCCACCUUUGCCACAAAUCUGCCAAUGAUGAUAAUUUUUUAUAGUAUUUUGGGCGGUCCUGGCCUCAGCAUGAUCUGGGUCUCCUCCCAGCUAAUUAUCGGCUAUUAUUUUGAGAAAUAUAGACCAAUUGCCAAUGGCAUAUCCUGUUCGGGUGCCGGAGCUGGCAUAAUGAUAUUUGCCUAUAUGAAUAAUGUGCUGGUGGCACCACUGGGCUGGCGUAACCUCAUGAGGUUACAUAUUGCAUGUUUGUUGUUGGUUUUCCUAAUGAGCUUGACAUUUGUCGAGGUAGCACCCACCAGAAUUGGAAGGGUUAAGGAGAUGUCCUGGGAUGAUACGGAAACCGAUUCUCACGAUUUUCUCACAGAGAUGACCAAAUACUCACGUUACUCUCUGAAAAGGCAAACAGAUAUCUAUGAACUGGAUGAGGAUUUUGAGAAUGUCCUGGAAAAAGUCGAAGCUCCUUCUGCCCCAUUGACGGAACAACAAACCUGCUGUCAAAAAUGUUGCCCCUGCUUUCAAAAUUAUCUCGCCAGAAUACGUGAAGCCCAGGCCCAAGCUGCCAUCUCGAAGCACUACAUCAUUCGUCAAGAUCCAAUGGAAAAACAGGAUCUUUUUUAUAUGGGACCAAGUGAACCGAGUCCUCAUGGACGUCCCAGCCAUGGGCCCCGCAAAACAGUAACAUUUGGUGAGACAGAUAUGCGUACCAUAUCCUUGGAUGAUAUUGAUGAAAAUAUCAGUACGGAACGUGUGGUUCAUCGAUUGUCGACAAUGGCAAUACAACGGCAAUUACAGGAUCAUCGGAAAUCGUAUAAGGAAUUGAAGGAGAUUAAAAAGUAUCCACUAUUGGAAUUUCUGAAGCCAGCGAAUUUACUGCAUCCAAAAUUGCGGAAUGCUUUUCGUUUGCUGUUUGAUUUUCGCCUCUUGGAAAUGUUUGAAUUUCGUAUAUUGCUCGCUUCGGCUUUCCUGUUUCCGAUGGGUUUCAAUAUUCCGUUUGUUUAUUCGACGGUGCGUGUCCAAAUUGAGCCAAGUUUUGCAAAGCUAAUUUCACCCUCCAUUGGCUUCUCGAAUUUCGCCUUUCGCAUUGCAUCUGGUUUCGUGGCAUACAAAUAUCGUGACUAUACGACGUACAUUUGUGGCGGCGGCAUGGUCUUUGGUGGAGUGGCCGUUUGUUGCAGUGCCUUCUAUGGCCUCGAUGUGGUGUGGUUUCAAUUCGUGUACGCCAUCUGUUAUGGCAUAGCCCCAGCCUUCUAUUCCACGCUGCGUGCCAUUAUCUAUGUCCGUUCAUUGGGCCUGGAUAAAUUAACGAAUGCCUUCGGUCUGACAGCCCUGGCCAUGGGUAUGGGCGUUUUUAUUGGCACAACCGCCGGUGGUAUCUUGAACGAUCUGACCGGUGAUUAUACGGCUUCAUUUGCAUUUGCGGGUAUUUGCAUUAUUGUCGCGGGUGCUUUGAAAUUGUUAUUGCCCCAACUGAUGUCGGUGGGGGUCAAUGCGAAAAAGUGA